UCUUUCAACUUUUAUUUCGGAUGGCUUUUUAGUUUUCGGGCGUUCUUUGUAAAACAGUCAUCUGAGUGAGUCAUGCAUUUUGUAGUCGAAAUUUGGGGCAGACUAUUUACCGAAGACUUAAUUCGUAGUGUUUGUGAGUUUGUCUGAUAGGUUUGGAUUGAUCUCUUGUAUCAUCGUAUGGAUCGUAUCUGCUAAAAUGGCUAUGAGCGGACUGUCUGUUUUGGGUUCUGCACCACAGAACGUCAGCACAUCGGACACACUGUCCAAUUUAUUGGUGGUGAUUCUGGAUCUGAAUGCGUCGUGGUGGAGUGAACAGUUGGAUGGCGGCGAUGAUCAGCAGAAAGUUCCCAAUGGCGUCCAUGACUCGCAGACCUUUUUUCCCCUCGCAUCGGCGCUCGAUCACAUCCUGGUGUACCUUAAUUCCUACAUGCUCAUUCAUCCCAACAACCGUGUUGUUGUGCUGGGUUGUUUGAGAUCGCAGAGUUAUUUCCUGUACCCAUCGGGUGUGGUGUCUCCGGAGCCGCUGGUCAACGACAGCCGAGCAGAAUUGUUUCGCGUGGUCGAUCACAGCAUCGUUCAGGAGAUUCGCCGCAUCAUGACGGAAUCUCUGAAUGAUCCGGAUGCGGCUAAAGAGAGCACGCGGGAGAGUGUCUUCGUCGGCGCCUUAUCGCGAUCUCUUUGCUACAUUCAUCGCGCUCAGCGAGAAGCACCAAAAGGCCGGUCUGUUCAAGCGCGAAUAGUGGUUAUUGAAACCGGCCUGGAUAGCUCAUCCCAUUAUAUGCAUUUCAUAAAUUCAGUAUUCACCGCACAGAAAAUGAACGUAAAGAUUGAUGCCUGCAUACUUGGCGAUGAUUCGAUACUUUUGCAACAAGCUGUGGAUCUCACCGGAGGAAUUUAUCUCAAAGUGGAACAUCCUGGCGGUUUGGUGCAGCUUCUCAAUAGUUUAUUCGUGAUUGAUGCCAGCGAACGGAGUAAGAUGAUGAUCCCCGAGAAAGUCCAAGUGGAUUAUCGUGCCGCGUGUUUCUGUCAUCAGAAGCUUAUUGAAGUUGGUUGGGUGUGUUCCGUUUGUCUUUCCGUUUUCUGUGCCUUCAGUCCGAUGUGCUCGACGUGUCAGACGACGUUCAAGUUUAUGGCUGGUUUGAAAAAGCGGAAACCAUUUGACUCUCCUUCGUCGUCGGUUCCUUCGCCGUCCACUUCGUCGUUGAAACGCACGCGUUCGGACGCGGACAUGAAUGGAAGAUCUUAAUAUGUUAUUUUCCUUAAUUUUUGUAUUUGUAACUGAUGAUGUUUUUUGUAUCUGCCGACGAAUUUGAUGUCAAUAAGUUUUUGUGAUAGUUAUUAUUUUAGCUGGGUAUUAUGAGCGAAAGAUGUUAUAAAUAGGAAAGAAUCGGGAUGUACAGCCAGAUAAGGGCUUGUCUAAAAACUUGUCUAACUUGUCUAAAAAAUUGAAAAAAUGGUAUA